AUGGGAAAAAAGUCUGAAUAUAAAAAGUCUGAGCUGAUUCAAAUGUUGAACUCCUCAUCAACACUUAGAGAAAAAAAUAGAGCUGUAAAAUUGCUGAAAAAAUUUGACCCGAAUCCUAAAAAACACUUGGACUCAUCAUUUCAACCAAAUCAAGCAACUGUAACCAAAUACUCAUCACUUCAGUCUUUCAUGUGCUGGAGAUGUGAUAAGAUAAAGCAGACAAUGACGAAGGUUAAAUGGGAAACAAAAGAAGGAUUGAAGAUAAUUUGUACAACGUGUUACACAAAUUUGGCCACUUAUUUGGAAGUUGCCAGAGUUCGCAAUUUAAACAUUAAUUUCAAGUCAUAA